GCUACUAACUACUAAGUGUCAAAUUAAUCCUCCUUAUAUUUCCUUUUAGAAACCUACAAAACGCUUAAAAAACUUAACUGUUCUCUAUCUAGCGUUUCAUAUUCUAGUUUUUGUAGUAGUGGAUCUCCUAACUAUAAUCAUGGGAGUAAAUUUAUCCAAUCAAUUGUGGCAAGACAAGGUGGUUUUGCUUAAAAUUGUUACUACAAUUGUUGUUCUUAUAGUAUGCUCUACUGCCCAUGGUGCAGGCCAAUUUUAUGACGAGUUUGAGCCCACUUUUGGAGGCAAUAGGGUUCGAAUUUCUGGACGACGUAGCCAGUUCCUCUCUUUGUCCUUAGAUAAGUUUUCGGGAUCUGGAUUUCGUUCUAAGAAAGAAUAUUUGUAUGGUAGGAUCGAUAUGGAGGUGAAGCUUGUUGCUGGUAACUCUGCUGGCACAGUUACCACCCUUUACAUGUCAUCCGAUCAAAAUACAGGUACACACGACGAGAUCGAUUUCGAGUUCUUGGGAAAUGUGAGUGGCCAACCUUACACCCUACACACUAAUGUGUUCAGUCAAGGGCAUGGUAACAGGGAGCAACAAUUCCACCUUUGGUUUGACCCAACCAAGAACUUCCAUACGUAUUCCAUCGUUUGGAACCCAAAACUCAUCAUGUUCUUGGUGGAUGAAACACCAAUAAGGGUAUUUAGAAACUAUGAAGAUCAUGGAAUAGCUUUCCCAAAGAAACAACCCAUGAGAAUUUACUCUAGCUUAUGGAAUGCUGAUGAUUGGGCCACCCAAGGUGGAUUGGUGAAAACAGAUUGGUCCAAGGCCCCUUUCACGGCCUAUUAUGGAAAAUUCAACAUUGAUGCUUGUGUUGGGUCAAGUAGAGGCCCAUCUUCUUGUGCUACUGGGCCUGCAGCCUUUACUAACACCCACGGUUCAACUAAAGGGAAGAGUACACGUGGCAGAUGGAGGACCCACGAUCUUGAUGCUAAUGGAAGGAGGAGAAUGAGAUGGGUUCAAAAAUAUUUCAUGAUUUAUGAUUAUUGUAAAGAUUGGAAGAGAUUCUCUCAUGGUUGUCCUCCGGAAUGCAACCAUUGAAGGGUCUAGUUAGGACUUUUUUUUAGGGGGGGAGGGGGGGGGGAGGGGAUGAAUUUUGCAAUGGUCUACCAUUUCAUCCUUUAUUUGCAUUUAUAUAUGCCUCCUUAAUUAAUCAUGAAAGUUAAUGUAAUCAAAUUAUUUUAUUUUAUUUUACUAAUAGAUCAUAAUCUCUAUUAUAUAAGACAAUACAUGG